AUGGUUUUUAUAUUUUCACAGGCUCUAACCAUCAUCAUUUUCGUCUUGCAUUACAACAGUUUCCCGGGUGGUGAUACCACAUCGAUCAUGAUCACUACCGGAACUUACGUCGGUUAUGUGAUUAUUUUGGCUGGAAUUUUCAUUGGACUUUUCACGGGAACGCCGAUAAGCUCUCGACUGGACAUGUUCUUCGUGUUGAUUGGUGCUGCUCUCUUCAUUACAUCGGGAGUUAUGUCUUACAACUAUUACAAUGGUUUUGCAUUGAAAUCGUCAUAUGUCAAUACUGGUUUAACCAAGGCUUGGUUGUCCAUCCUCAACGGAGUUGUGUUCGUCGUCGAUGCUGCGUUCACAUACCGUGGCGAAUAA